AUUGAAUGAAGCGAUUUUGUUUUUGCCAAGUCCAAAAGAGAAAGAUGCAAUCAAUAAAACUGGUUCAAUGUGUAGUGGUGGUAUUUUGUGUGGCAUUAAUACAUUUGCCAGGAGUUCACAUGGACACAGAUGAAGAUGAAACUAAUGUCAGCGGACGCAUAAUUUAUGAUCAACGUCAAAGUGGAAAAUACAAUAUACAUGUUGUUAUAAAAGAUGUGGCCAUUAUUGAAAUGGGUCAAAAUGAAAUCGAAGAUUCUAGCUACAACGAUGAGGACUACUAUUACGAUGACAACGAUUUAACUGUCAAACCCAUUACUCUCAAUCCUCCAACUUCAACUUCUACAGCGCAAAUACCUACAUCCACAACCACCACCACGACAUCAAAGAGUGAAGAACAUUCAACAACGCCUAACAUGGAAUCAGAAUCUUCCACUAAACAAGCAACUACCGAAAGUGAAACAACAUUUCCAAAACAGCAAAAAGAUGAAACGGCAACAUUGACCCCAGCAACCAUAAUAUGGAAUACAUUAUCAUCAAUUAUUUCCAAAAAACCCAUAAAAGAAGAAUUAUCACCCCCAUCACCAACUCCAUUUUCAAAACACAGUAAUGCUCAUGUAAGACCCCGCAGCAAAGUUGAGCCAAUUUAUGCCAUUGAUGAGGAAUCUAAGGCUAGAGAAGACUCCGUGCCCAUAGAUGCUGAGCCGAAGCUUAUGAAAAAUUCCAAAAUAUUUAAAGUAAAAGUUCAUAGAUCACCCUAUCCACCACAUCACUAUUCGCCAUUGAAGAUACAAUCAAGACGCUGCCGUUCGAAUCAAUAUAGAGAUAUAAGUGGCAAUUGUCGCACCAAGAGAUCGCCUUCCAGUUCACUAUUAAAUCGCCUGUUCCACAUGUUGGUUACAUUACCCUUCGUCCAUGGCGAGCAGCAUCAGAAUGAAGACUGAAUCUAAA